AUCUUUUUUUCUUGCUCCCGCUAUCGCUAUUUAUACGGCCCAUUCCCCGCCAUCCGUUGCGUGGCUCCAUCAUCCCUCUCGAGCUCCUCACAUCCCCGCUACAGCUCCUUCGCCCUCACUCACCAUGACCCAGCUGAACAACAAGCCCAAGGCCCUUAAGCCCUUCCACUCCGGCGACAUCAAGAUCCUCCUCCUCGAGGGCGUCAACAAGACCGGUAUCGACAUUCUCACCAAGGCUGGAUUCCAGGUCGAGGCCCACGCCAAGGCGCUGCCCAAGGAUGUUCUGCUCGAAAAGAUCAAGGAUGUCCAUGCCGUCGGCAUUCGAUCCAAGACCCAGCUGACCGCCGAGGUUCUCGCUGCUGCCAAGAAGCUCCGCGUCAUUGGCUGCUUCUGCAUCGGCACCAACCAAGUCGACCUCGAAUACGCUGCCAACCACGGUAUUGCUGUUUUCAACUCUCCUUUCAGCAACAGCAGAAGUGUUGCCGAGCUUGUCAUUGCCGAGAUUGUCGCCCUGGCUCGCCAGCUUGGCGAUCGCAGCAACGAAAUUCACCAGGGCAUCUGGAACAAGGUUUCCAAGAACUGCUACGAGAUCCGCGGAAAGAAGCUCGGCAUUGUCGGCUAUGGUCACAUCGGCAGCCAGCUCUCGGUUCUGGCCGACGCCAUGGGCAUGCAGGUCUUCUUCUACGACGUCAUCCAGGCCAUGCCUCUCGGCACCGCCAAGGCCGUCGAGUCGCUGCCCCAGCUGCUCUCCACCUGCGACUUUGUCACCCUGCACGUCCCCGAAACCCCCGAGACCAAGAACAUGAUUGGUGCCCACGAGCUCUCUCUGAUGCAGAAGGGCAGCUACCUGAUCAACGCCUCCCGUGGCACCGUCGUUGACAUCCCCGCCCUGGCCGCCGCCCUGAAGAGCGGACAUCUGGCUGGUGCUGCCGUCGAUGUCUACCCCUCGGAGCCCUUUGCCAACGGCCCCGGCUUCCUCACCGAGCUCCAGGGCUGCCCCAACACCAUCCUCACCCCCCACAUCGGCGGCUCCACCGAAGAGGCCCAGUCCGCCAUCGGUGUCGAGGUCGGCACUGCUGUCUCCCGAUACAUCUGCACCGGCGCCACCCUCGGUGCCGUCAACUUCCCCGAAGUCGAUCUCCGCAUGCCCACCUCGGAUUCGAAGAGCGUUCGCAUCAUCAACUGCCAUCAGAACGUCCCCGGUGUGCUCAAGCAAAUCAACAAGAUCCUCUCCAACUACAACAUUGAGAAGCAGAUUUGCGACUCCCGCGGCACUGUCGGCUACUUCCUGGCCGAUAUCAGCGUCGAGAACGAACAAGAGAUCGAAGCCGUGAACAAUGCCAUCGCCAGCAUACCCGAGAACCUCUUCACCCGCUCCUUGUGGUAAACAGCAGCGACACAUUCGGCGUGAAACACUCAAGAUUUUUGUCCUGUGUUUUCUAGAGCACGCACGCAGUCCGCUGCUGUUGCCAUCAUGCUGGAGGCAGCGACGGGCGGCUUGUAACUACUAUCUAUCCCUUCGUUACUUGUUUUCUUUUGGAGUGCGUGCAUUCCCCCAACCACCACUGCCUUGCCUUAUGUGUUUGUAUUUUGCUCCCUAACUUCUCCCCAUCCUUUUUCUCAACCGAAACGCCCUCACGAACAUUGAUAUUCUUCUCACCGCCAAUAAAAAGCCUUGAACGGUCGCAUACAUCAUACCGCU